UUCCAGACAAGCUCUAUGUUUAUGGCUGUGAGUACAACCUUCGACCAGAUCAUUGUAUGUACAUGAGUGUAUGUAAAGCAGCUGAGAAGCAUGGAGUUUUUGUCCUGCAUGGAAACAGAGGAACUUUUCAUAGUGACAAACAACCAGCUUUUCGAGCAGUGUAUCGUGCUUGGGAGGAGUAUAAACUUGGUGACGAUCUGAGGCAGAACCUAUACUACCCAAUGCAGCGUUAUCUCAUCAAAACCACCAACACAAACUGCGGGAAGAUCCACAGUGCUUACCUAAAGGCACUGGGGUCUCUGGUGAGGCUUAGAUGACAGGGGUGAAUGUAGUGUUUUCUACUUUUGUAUAUAUUCUUGCUGUGUAGCCUUUAUCUUUCUAUCUUUGAUAUUGAUUAUUUGUUGAUGGGCAGCUUACAGAAAUUAUCAUAUUUAUUAUUAUUACCUGUUGAUCAGGACUCAAAAACAUUUUUGUGUGUACAGUAAAAGAAUAGUUAUUUUUCUUUCUUUCAUAUCUUUACUUUUUAAGUUGGUACCAAAGCCAUGGUUAGAAUGAUUUUUUUGCAGCUUGUUACAAGUACUGCAGCUGAUCUUGUCAUAUCUAAAACAUCAAAAGUAAAAAAAUGAGGUGUUGAUAUUUACUUAUAGUUCAUAAGUAAAUAUGUAUAUAUAUAUACGGAAA